UUAAAUCGUAUCCUCACUACCCACUCUCCAUUUCUCCAGAACCUUCAAUUGAUUUUACCAUAUCUCCUUCUACAAUCUCAAAAUUCUUCUCCCAUCUAUCAUUUCUUCCUCAUUCUCUUAUUUCUCAAUUUGCUUCUUCCAUUCUAUUAAUUCUCUUUACCCAUCUCUGAUACUUUCUAUCCAUUUUUGUUCAUCAAAUAAAUUUCUUUCCUCGCUCAACAACUACAGGGGUAGAUCUAGGUGAUUUGGUGCAGAUUAAUGAUCGAUUUGUAGAUUACUAAAAUGUCUUAUGGAUGAUUUGGUACAUGAAUUACAACAGGGGUAGAUCUCGGUGAUUUGGUGAUGACAGUUGUUAAGGGAAAUAAAGGAAUAAAAUGGAUUAUGUAGCUGUAACUCAAGGUGAAAUAUCAGACAGGUCUCUGGUUGAUGAUGUGUGGCAUAAGAAUAUCCCUUCAAAGGUGUCUCUGUUGUUGUGGCGUCUCCUUCGCAACAGGCUUCCUACUAAAGACAACCUAGUACAUCGGGGCAUUCUUCUUCCAACGGACGCGACGUGUGUAGCCGGGUGUGAUCACAUUGAAUCUGCUACAUACUUAAGGAUAAUUUGGUUUGCAACUGUUUGGGUGAUUUGGAAAGAAAUGAACAACCGUGUAUUUCAAAAUACAGUGUCCACUCCUUUUAUUCUCAUUGAUAAAAUUAAGCUUCAUCCAUUCUUAUGGCUGAAAUCCAAACAGGUGGCCUUUGCCUAUAGUUACACAGAUUGGUGGCUGGAAGUUGGGAGGCAUUUUGCGCCUGUCUUUUGUACCUUCUGGCGGUGUUUUGCUCUGUAGUUACUUUUGCCUAUUAGCUCAUCUUAUGCUAGGCCAUUAAUGAAUAUGUUGUUUCAAAAAAAAAAAAAAACACAGAUUGGUGGAAACAUCCAUUUUUUUGCAUGGGUAUUCAUUUGUAAUUUUUUAGCUUCUUGGAUGGUGCACUUUAGUCACCUUGAUCUUGUAAUUA